GGUUGGUUCGGGUAUAGGGAUAGGAUUCCAGCUCGUAAGGACAGAUAGACGGACGGACGAGAAGGCUUAAAUGAGGACUACAACAUCCUCUUAGAGAAUUCACUGAAGGCGACUGUUUUUUCACACGCUGAUGUAUAGGACUUGAAGCAUAGUGAAAUUAGGUUAUUCUGAGAUAGUUCGAAUAUUUAUUUUUUAUUUUCUUUGUUUUGCUUAUACGGUUUUUGUUUUAUCCUAAACCGAGAUAAGAACUGGGUGUUGCGUGCACUCCGACACCACGCAAACUGUAGACUGCCGUCUGCGUGUAUGAGACUGACCAGCACGGGAAGAACACAAGCUACAGGGACACCACAAGUGGCAGGCGAGACCACCAGAAGCACAGGCAUGGUGAAGCAAGUAAAGGGGGGCUACCUCCUGCGAUACAAGAAGCGCUUGUUCGGCAAGGCGUGGCGCGAAGAAUGGGUUGUACUGUACGAAGACUCAACACUGGCCUGGUUCAAAGAGAAAGGACGACUAGAGCCGGAGGGUAGUCUGGUGGUGAAGGAGGCACCGGAGAUGAUGGCUGUCAGUCAGUGGACACUUCGCAUCCCGGGUCGCCCCGAUCUACCCAGCGGCUGUCACGUCGUCCAGCUGAUGGCAUUUGGCACUCGCCGACGAGACAAGGUGCACUGGUUGCUGGCACAGUCCGAGGAGGAAGUCAAUGACUGGAUGACAGCAAUAAGCAAUACAUUGCCACCUCCGCCCCAGCCCCCAAAGCCGCCGGACGACAAGGCACCGCCGAGACCACUGAAUCCAGCGAGCCCGCGACUGCCUCCCGUUCCAUACUACCCGUCGAUGCCGGGUGAGGUUCCUCCGUCAUACACGAACACCAAUAACCACAUGCAGUCUUCAAGCGGAGCUUUUCCACAGAACGGGUACGCACGGCCACCCAUACAACCCCUGCAGCCUCCAAGCAACAACACGACGAUCGUAGUAAGAGACCAUCACGGAUGUGGUGCGGGAGACUUCACUACAGGGGUCGUGAUGGGCGCAGCGCUCAGUAACUGGGGCCACGGCUGGGGAUGGGGCCUCGGCGGCUAUGGCUUUGGGCACGGUGGAGGCUUCUACCAUAAUGACACCGACAUACACAUCAACAAUCAUUAUGACGUCAACAACACCGUCAUUAACAAUGAAAUCACUGCAAACACAACGGCAACCAAUAACGAGUUGACCUAUGUGCAUGAUGAUUAUGGUGAUUUAGGUUUUGAUGACGGGGACUAUGGAAUGGAUUGUGGUGGAGAUUUUGGGUUUUAAUUGUACAGUUAUUUUAUGCAACACCUGCCCUGCUGUGGUGGAAAUGAAUUCACAAUCACUGUAAACACCAAAACACAAAGUUUUCUACAAACGAACAUCGCGUCGCGUACAUAUAGGACGCUCAGACGUCGCUGCCUCAAAACGGAAAUGAGGACAUGAACAGAGAGGAUAUGACGAAACAUUUGAUUACGUCACUGAAAUAUAGCACAUAUUUUAUACGUGGAUCAUUUACAACCAUAGGGGCUUAUAGAAAUAAAAACGAAAUUAAACAUAGCAGAAAUACAAGAGACCUAUUUUUUUUGACAUCCUCAUGCUUUCUUCACACUUAGUCACAUUUCGAUGCCCGGUUUUGGAUAAUAACUUCCCCUGUCAUAAAGUUCUAAAGUGUAUUAUGCAGUUUUCGGUUAUGUAACGAUCAAAGCUUCAGAUGGUCUUCUAGACUGUGAUACAGUACAGUCUUAUGAGCGGAUACCUACUUUUUGGAAGAAUAUUCUGCUUCCAUCUUCAGGGUUUAUGUGUGUAAUGCAAGGAACCUGCUGGGUUUAUACAUCCUGACAGCAACAGGACCCAUGGCAGGGUUGUAGAAACAGGGUCCCAGUCUAUGCAAAUGGGAAUGGUGGAUGGGAAAAGGUUCCUUUUUAGACGCACACUAUGUUUUCCGACAAAAGGGCGGACUGGAAUUGAGACCUCCCAUCUCGUGGGCCAAAAUCAUUACUUCCUUGGAACCUGCCUCUACAACGGGCCAGAUUCAACAUCCUACACGUUUUAACACUGAAGAUAGAGACAGCGUGUUCCUCCGAUAUGUCCUUAUCCGCCCGCAAGACUACACCAAAUCACAACCCGAAAAUCAAUAAUCAGUCAUUUCCGUGAAAAUCUCAAAAUUUAUAGAAGAUCAAAAUUCUUUACUUUAAAUUCUCGUUAGAUCUGCUCGCUUGGUUUGAUGUGGAGCACAAAGUAAAAAAGUGUGUAAGUUACUUUCCUUCUAAUAAACUUACGACCUUCAAUUAUUUUGCUCAAGUUUUAAAAACUGGGGUUUUCUGUAUGGAAGAAAGGCAGUGAAUUUGUUUCACCUCUCCACCGUUUAAUGAAUCCCGCCCUCCCCCCUUCCGAAAAGAGAGAAUAACAAUUGAAAGUCAAAAGAACUCAGUAGAAUAGGAAGCUCUUAAAACUGCCACAACUAUACAAAGAGAUGUGUACACGAGACAUACAACUGUACACACACAAAAAAAAAUCAUUUUUUCAGCAUUCCCUCUCCGGCCAUAAGUAAAAAUUGUACCAUUUACAUUCGGAGAAACAAUCCCUUUUUUGCAUAAAAUUAGUAAAACCUACUCUAGAUUUCCAAAUAAAAUGUUGAUAAAAGUGUUUGUAUCGAUGUUAUUGCAAACUUUAUGUCUCCGUAUGACUCACGUGUAUGCUGAGACAGUGUUUGAUGUGUAGUUCUUUGUAACGUGUUGAGGUAUAAGUUUCUGUGUAUUUCUCAAUGUCACAAAUAGACACUCAGGAAUAAUGGUAUAAUAAAACACUAAAUUAGCAAGUACGUACUUUGUUAUACUAGCUAAUAAAGUGUGAAAUAAUAUUUGGAGGAGGGUGGGAACUGCGCCAUUUCCUCUCUGCUAAUGUAACAUAGUAACGUUAACACAUGGACCCUUCAAUUCUCGUCACGUAUCACAAAACGUCAUGCUCCCUGUAAUAAUCAGUACUGGAAGUUAUUGUGUUAAACUUCAUGAAAAGUUGUGUAUUUCUCAGAAAUUUGUGAGAAAAAUUUUUAUACAUAAAUAACAAAAGAAGAUCUGUUCAUGUUGUUACGAACUGGCUCAGCAAUUUUCUGGUUCAUUUGAAAUUAUUACUAAGAAUUCAGAACAUCAGAAUAUAAGUGAAUCAAACCAGAAGUGAAGCAAAAUAAACGGAAAUGAAGUUACUUUUGACAGACAUAGACUAAGACUCAUUUCAAUUACUUUCUACAGAUAUAUUUCUCAAAGAAUGAAAAUUAAAAAAUAGUAAUAACCCAUAUAAAAACGCUGGGAAAUAAACGUCACAAUGGUUGUAGAAAUGUCACUGCUUAGUUGGAGCCUCCAGGAAAGGAACUGAUACAAAAGAAGAUAAGAAAUGUGUUAGUUUAAGAUAUGAAAAAUUCGUUUGGUGUUUCUAAGGUGUUGUAAACUACGUGGAACAAACGUCGACGUCAUGUUUUGUUGUGUUCUUGUGUGUGUGAGAUAUAUCCCCAUCAAUUGAUAUUAACAGAACAAGACAGACAACAAAAUAAGUUCUCGCAGUCAGUGCUGCCAACAACUAGAGACACGUCUGACCAAAGAUCAGUUAACAUCUUGCAAAGCUGACCACAAUUAAGAUUCGGAAAGGGGCGAAAUGCACUUCACUCGACAGAGCUUGAGGCCGUGUGGACAUAAUUUGAACUCCACUGUCCAGCCUGAGUCCUUCUGAUGCAGUUUCUGAUAUGAUACCAAGAUUCUGGGAUUUGAAAUAUCUUAAAACAUAAAAGUCGUAUCACAGGUCAGA